AUGGGAGAAAACGGAGACGUCGUCAUGGCUCAACUCCUUGGUGCCAUCCAAGGUAUUGGAGGACGCCUAGAUAGUUCGGAGCAGCCUCCACCGGCCGCAGGUGCGAGACAGAGGCCAAUCCGACAAGUUCAUGGACAGAACAACCAGGGAGGAGAUGUAACCGAUGAAUACAUGCCUUUAUUGGAGGAAGAUCCGCUAUCAGCGCGUAAUCCAAACCAAAGAAGACAAACUUACCAAGACGACGGACGAGACAUAGAUUGGUACAGAGGCCGAGACCGAGAAGAAGAUGAGAGAUAA